UUCAGUGGUCUUCUCCCCAGAACCCUAGGCCCUUGUUGGCCUAAUCUCUCUCUCUCUCUCCCUUACGAAGAUGGGAUUCACCAAGGACCAACUCCUUGAUCGCCUCAAGGAACUCCAGAUCAAUUUUGUGUGCUAUGACCAUCCUGUGGUGUUGACAGUUGAGGCUCAGGCAAAAUAUGUGGGACAUUUGGGUGGGCUAUUGAGCAAAAACUUGUUACUGAAGGACAAAAAGCACAGAUAUUAUGUUGUAUCUGCUUUAGCAAAUACCAAUGUUGAUUUGAAAGUUUUAUCCCAAAGGCUUGGUUUGGGGAAAGGAGGUUUGCGGAUGGCUCCUGAAGAGUCAUUGCAAGAGAUACUUCAGGUACCAUUGGGCUGUGUUACUCCAUUCGCACUGAUCAAUGAAUCUGCAGGAACUGUUUCGUUUCUGUUGGAUCAAGGAUUCAAAUCUCAAGAGUGCUGUUUUUUCCACCCCCUUUCAAAUGACGCAACCAUAUCUCUUGGUUCAAGUGGACUAGAAAAGUUUUUGACCUCACUUGGAAGAAAACCAGCAUAUGUUGACUUGGAGGCUACUCCGUUGGUUGGAAAGGACAACCCUCCUGAUCUUGCUGAUUUUGUUCCAUCUGGAGUUCCGGCCUUAUCAGAUUCAGCUGAGAAGGCACCUCCUAUUCAACCCCCUGUUGUGACUCAAGCACCAGAGAAUGUGAAAAGCACUUCUGCAGGAAAGGCUUCCAUCAAAGCCAAAGUUCAAUCUGGAACCACUGAGAAGCCCAAAAGCACUGUAAAUCCUCUAAUUGAAGCAACUGAUGUGGAAAAAGUCAUCGAGGAAAUUUUUGCUAAGUUUGCAUCGGCAGUUCAGUCAGAGAACAAACAAGAAGAAAUUGAAACUUCAUUGUUUGACGGGGUUAGGAAACGCAUCACUACCGAUUUGCAGAUGCAAAUGAUGAGUUUCAAGAAUGCAGCAUAUUCUCAAGGUUUCCAGGCUGGUGUUGAGGCUGUGCGCAUUGCCAUGAAGAACAUGUCAUUCCGCAGUUAAAAUCCAAUAGAAACAUUUUGUCAUACUUUAUUUUUGCAACUUAACAUCUUUUAUCUCCCAACCCAUUUUCAGGUUGUUUUACCAUCGCCAAAAUGUAAUUCUAUUUACUUCGACUUCA